AUGCAGGAGGAGCGCAAGGACAAGGGCAGACACAGGGAUGCCAAGAAGGGCGGGAAAGGCGGGAAAGGCGGGAAGGGCGGCGGCAAGGGCGGCGGCAAGGGCGGCAGCAAGAGCGGCGGCGGCGGCGUCAAAGAGGGGCCGCGGGCGGGUGCGGGGGAGCUGGACGCGCGCAUGCUGAGCGCCCUAAUCACGGGCGUGAGGCGCGCGUUCCCCUAUGUCGACGCGGCCGAGGUUGAGCCCCUGGUGGAGGCUCACGGGGAGGCGCUGUUCCGGCUGGUGCACACUGCGCCCUUCACCGUCGCGCUGCAGGCGCUGCUGCUGCUCUUCCAGCUGCUCUCCGGCAGAAAUGCGGCCAGCGACCGCUUCUACCGCUCCCUGUACGCAGCCAUGCUGUCAGAGGGCGCGCGCGCGGGCUCCAAGGCGCCUCAGUUUUUGGCGCUGCUGUUCAAAGCUAUGAAGGCUGAUCCCUCACCCAAGAGAGGAGGGCGCGGAUGA